AUGGAGCGGGAGGGCGGCGGCCCGGGGCCCCCCGCGCCCCACGAGCCCAUCAGCUUCGGCAUCGACCAGAUCCUGGGCGGCCCCGAGCCCACGGGGCCGCACCGGGCGGCGGCAGAGCCCGACUACGGGCUCUACGGCAGCGGCUACGGCCCCACCGGUCCGCUCGGCUCCUACAACCUCAACAUGAGCAUGAACGUGAGCGUGAACGUGACCCCCGCGCCCGCCGCGCCGCCCGCCGGAGUCAUCCGCGUCCCGGCGCACCGGCCCGCGCCCGCUCCGCCGCCCGCCGCGCCCGCCGCGCCGCCGCCGGGCCCCGCGCUGCCGGGACUCACCUUCCCGUGGAUGGAGACCACCCGCCGCAUCGCCAAGGACCGGCUCUCAGCCGCGCUGUCGCCCUUCGCGGUGACGCGGCGCAUCGGGCACCCGUACCAGAACCGCACGCCGCCCAAGCGCAAGAAGCCGCGCACGUCCUUCUCCCGGGUGCAGAUCUGCGAGCUGGAGAAGCGCUUCCACCGCCAGAAGUACCUGGCCUCGGCCGAGCGUGCCACCCUGGCCAAGGCCCUCAAGAUGACGGACGCCCAGGUCAAGACCUGGUUCCAGAACCGCCGCACCAAGUGGAGGCGUCAGACGGCGGAGGAGCGCGAGGCCGAGCGGCAGCAGGCCAACCGGCUGAUGCUGCACCUGCAGCAGGAGGCUUUCCAGAAGAGCCUGGCGCAGCCGCUGCCGCAGGACCCGCUCUGCAUGCACAACUCCUCGCUCUACGCCCUGCAGAACCUCCAGCCCUGGGCCGAGGACAACAAGGUGACGUCGGUCUCUGGGGUGGCCUCUGUGGUGUGAGGGCUCCAGGUGCUGUUGAUGUGCCAGGAGGUGGCACUGGGAGCCCGGUGGGCUCUGAGCCUGGACCGUGGCAGGGAAGGGGCUGCAGCUUCCUGAGAGCCCCGCACUGGCAUCCCCCUCCCUGCCAUGGAGAGCCCCCCAGGAGCACCCAGGAGUGAGGCUGUGCCCCUGCGGUUGGACUCAAAGCUUCACCAAACCCCACCUGGAGCACUGCUGUGGACCCCCAGGAGCCCAAGGCUGGGCCCCCAUGCCCUAUGGACCUCUGCAGCGCCCUACCUGACCCCCAGGUGCCCAGGGCUGAGCCCCUGCACCCCACAGAUGUCUGUGGCCCUCUGCUUACACCCGUGGGAGCCAAGGGCUGGGCCUCUACACCCUAUGGACACCUGCAGCUCCCUGCCUGGAACCCUGGGAGCCAAGGGAUGGGCCCCCAUACCUGGCAGAGUACUGCAGCUCCCCCACCAGCAGCUCCAUGGGCCCCACAGCCUCCAGCCCACCUGCAGCAGGGCGUGGAGCUCCCAUUCCUGGUGCUGGAAGCCCCCCAGCCUGGCAGCGGGGUCUGCACCACCUGCACCACUUGCCUUAUCCCGGUCGGAGUUUGUUACCUCCGCCUUCCAUCUGUGCACGAAGGACUUGGCCACACCGGCCCCACCCCGUGGUGGGACAGACUGACAGUCUGGGCCCCCGGCCCUCCCCCCACUGGUCUGUCAGCUCCCUGGGCCUGGACAUGCCCGUGCAGCCCCCCGCCAUGGGCCCGGGGUGCCCCCCAUGCUGACGGAUUGUCCCAGUCCCUGACUGCCCCCGCGAGUCACCUCCCACAGACUGAGCCUGGGUGUGACCCACAGGACUCUCGUGGAGUGCAGAGGGGCUGAAUCCCUCCUUCUUCUGGCAAAUCUCUGCACCCCCUCCCCAGUGACCCCCUAAGUGGGGGUUCCUCCCUCCAGGACCAUCCAGCCCAACUCCAGCCUUUGUUGAUGAUGAUGGAGG